GGAAGUUGGGAGGGGGGGGGGGGUCGAGGCGGUGCCAGUCUGCGCUGCGAACCUCGUCUUGUCUGCACAAGCACCAUUUUCAGCACCACCAAGGGAAAGACGAGAGAGAUCAGAAAGUCUCUCCCCAGCCCACGACCGCUCAUCCGAUCUGCAGAACAAAAACACACACACACGCACGCACAGCGCAGAGCUUCCUCUUGUGUAUCAAGGUCUGCAUUAGCAAAGGUUUGAACGCAGAGACAUGCUGUCCUACCAAGGCAAGAAGAACAUCCCGCGGAUCACGAGUGACCGCUUACUUAUUAAAGGAGGGAAGAUAGUUAAUGAUGACCAGUCAUUUUUUGCUGAUAUUUACCUAGAAGAUGGGAUCAUUAAGCAACUUGGUGAUAAUCUCAUUGUUCCUGGAGGUGUAAAGAUAAUUGAAGCCAAUGGGCAGAUGGUCAUACCUGGUGGAAUAGAUGUCCACACUCAUCUACAGAUGCCAUGCAUGGGCAUGAGCAGUGCUGAUGACUUCUAUCAAGGAACUAAAGCAGCCCUGGCAGGAGGAACCACAAUGAUAAUGGAUCAUGUCCUUUCUGAACCUGAACCUGGAUCAAGCCUUAUUUCUGCCUAUGAACAGUGGAGAGAAUGGGCUGACAGCAAGUCCUGUUGUGACUACUCUUUACAUGUUGAUAUUACACGUUGGCAUGAAGGCCUGCGUGAAGAAAUGGAAACUUUGGUCAAAGACAAAGGUGUGAACUCCUUUCUCGUGUUCAUGGCAUACAAGGACAAAUAUCAGUGCAGCGAUGCACAGAUAUACGAAAUCUUCAGCAUCAUCCGAGACCUAGGUGCUAUAGCACAGGUGCAUGCUGAGAAUGGAGACAUCAUUCAGGAGGAACAAAAGCGAAUGUUGGAGAUUGGAAUUACAGGACCAGAGGGACAUGUUCUCAGUCGACCAGAAGAGGUUGAAGCAGAAGCAGUGUAUCGUGCAAUCACUAUUGCAAGCCAAGCCAACUGCCCCUUGUACAUCACCAAAGUAAUGAGCAAAAGUGCCGCAGAUGUAAUCGCACAAGCUCGGAAGAAAGGUGCAGUUGUGUACGGAGAGCCUGUCACAGCAAGUCUGGGGACCGAUGGAUCCCACUACUGGAGUAAGAACUGGGCUAAAGCUGCAGCCUUUGUCACCUCCCCGCCACUCAGCACUGACACGACUACCCCCGAUUACUUAAAUUCUCUCCUCUCCUGCGGCGAUUUGCAGGUUACUGGCAGUGCUCACUGUGCUUUUACCACUGCACAGAAAGCCAUUGGAAAAGAUGACUUCCGACUGAUCCCUGAAGGAGUUAAUGGCAUUGAAGAGAGGAUGACAAUUAUUUGGGAUAAGGCUGUGACUACAGGAAAGAUGAAUGAGAAUGAAUUUGUAGCAGUUACAAGCACAAAUGCUGCAAAAAUCUUCAGUCUUUACCCCAGAAAGGGACGAAUUGCUGUUGGUUCUGAUGCUGAUUUGGUCAUCUGGGAUCCAGAAGCCGUCAAGAUCAUUUCGGCAAAGACACAUAAUCUGGCAAUUGAGUACAACAUUUUUGAAGGGAUGGAAUGCCAUGGUGCUCCUUCAGUAGUAGUAAGUCAAGGUAAAAUUGUCUUUGAAUAUGGAACGAUUCAUGCCACAGAGGGAAGUGGACGCUUCAUUCCCAAAAAAACAUUCCCGGACUAUGUUUACAAAAGAAUAAAAGCAAGAAGCAAGCUUGCUGAAAUCAGAGGUGUUCCAAGAGGAAUUUAUGAUGGUCCUGUUCAAGAAGUCACUGUGGUUCCCAGAGCUAUGACACCCAUUCCAUCUGUUAGGAUGUCUCCAGCUAAGCAACCGGUUCAGCCUCCACGAAACCUUCACCAAUCUGGAUUCACUCUGGCUGGUUCCCAGGCCGAUGAUCACAUUCCUCGUCGCCCCACCCAGCGUAUUAGUGCACCCCCUGGUGGCCGUUCAAACAUAACAACUCUGGGCUGAAUUUUAUCCUGAUGAAUCUGAUUAAAAUGAUAAUCUCAGAGCCCUAAUAUUGCUGCAGGUUUUGUCAUCUGAGGCUCAGAUAUAUUCUAACAAGCAGCUGAGUGCAGUACAGUAUUUUCUGCAAAAGAUGGUCAUGGCGUCAUUGCCUUUAGCUGAUAAGUGAUGCAUUUGAAAACUUUUUGAUCUGCCAAAUAAUUCAAGAGGUACCGUUUUUGUAUUGUAAAAAAACCAUUAAUUUAUAUUAAUAUUUGAUUUAAUUGGGAAGUAUGUAACAAGCAUUGAGGCAACUGUUGUUUCACCGUUGUGACUAUGUAAAGUUGUAUUUGUGUUCAUUUGAAAGCAUGAUAGUGAUAUUGAAGGUAAUGUGUAAUUUACUUUGUAUUUCCACAGGAAUGUGACAGUUUAAAACAAUGUAACGCACACAUUGGUUGAAAAAGUUUUAAAGUAUUUGAAUAACUUUCUACAGCCACAUGCCAGAAGUAGUCUAAGCUUCAGUGGUGUAGGCUGGCAUUUCUUACGUACGCACAGUUUACAGGGUAAUCUUUCAAAAUUUUUAACAAUUAGCAAGACGUACAUUUUAGUGAACCAAAAAAGGUAUAAUUUUCCUGACACAUUAUGUAGAGAUGCAUUUUUAUGUUUAACUUUUAACAUAGCUGUGGAAAUUUGUUAAGUGUUGUUGGUGAUGACCUAGUUAAAUUGGAAUGGCUGCAUUUGAGAAGAGAUGCUGGGUUACUUGCUCACCCUAUUACUUUGGGCAGUGAAUUGAUGAGAUUCAAUCACCCAGCCACCUGGAGCCCUGCCCAUUUUCAUUCCCUUGUAAAUGAUGGCAAAGAAAAUCUAAGGUCUUCUAUGAUAAUGGGCAAUCUGCCUAAAGUAAGAAGGUGAAACUUAGCCCCAAUGUAUCUGAAUUGCUUCUGCUCGCCAUCCCAUUCCAUUGCUUCCCAUGUGUACUGGAAACCAUUGUGCAUAAAAUAAGACUGUGUUACUGCUGACUUGGCUAAGUGUAUUCAAGUAAUAAUUUUCCCUUUACUGAACCAGCCAAAAGUACAAUUCCAAUUAGUACUAGUGCAAGUCAAUGAAAAGUUGUACUGGUUUACUAAAUGGAAAAGUCAGGCUUUCUAUCUUUUGCUAGCCUUAAUAAGUUGGAUUUCAAACAGAGAUCCAGAAACUUCAAAAUAUUGGUCUUUGUACAAAGCAAAUUGUAAUACCUUUAAAUGCCAGUGUUGUUGAAUGUUUGACAUGUUUUUUGCUUGAAUGUCAUUAAGGUAAAUUAAAACUUUUGGGAAGGCUUAUAUAGUUGAAAUAUGUUGUGCAGGCUUCAUUUUUAACUCUUUCUCAAUUGACCUUAGCUAAUUUUUGACUUUAGUGGGUUGACUGUUUUAUAAUUUUAUAAUUGUUACUUGACCAGUUUGUGGUGCUAAAGUAGCCUGGAACAAAGACAAGGAAGUUCUGCUAAGGCAGCUUGAAGAUACAGUAUUAACCUUUGAACGCCACACUGACUGAAUGAGCAUUAUCAGACUGGUAUAAUUUUGUGGAAAUAACAUAAUACUUCACAAAACCUUCUCAAAUGCUAGUCAUAUUUAAUCUGAUUAUGGUAAACCUAAUCUCAUAUACAGUGAACUGCAUUCAAUUCAUACAAAUGUGUUUUACUUCAAAGUAUUAUACUUCAAUCUGAUAAUCCAACUCAACCUGCUUUGAAUCAGAUUUUCAUGUUGACGUCCAUCUGCAGUUUAUCUAGAUUCAACAAGAUAGGCAAAGCUUCCAGAAAAAAAUUACAGUCAGAGUUACUAAUGAACUUUACAGAACAUGCAAAGCCUGAAAACUUUGUAAGGCAGCAGUGUUUCAAUCUAGUAAUCCAUUUUGUUCAAAUAAAAUUGUUAUGGGA